CAUUAACAGCGGAAAUAUCUUCCCGCGGGGUCUGCAGCUCCCCAACCCAUCUGCGAUCGCCUGCUCACCUGAGCACAGGUGCCGGCCUCACCUAGACCGCCCGCAAUCGACUCGUCCCCCGCCGCUGCCCUCCUCUAGAGGGCGACACCAUACACAAGCACGCGCCUCGCGAGCCACGCUGGCCGCGAAUGCAAACGUGAGAGAGGAGAGCGCUUCCCCACGAGGGUGAGGGGAGCCGAGAUCGUUUUUUUUUCACCGAGCCGGCGGGCCACAGAGCGCCGCGCGAACUUGUCGGGCUUGCAGGACGGCGUGCGCUCUUCGCAAAGGCUGCUCGUCGAGUCCAAGGCACGCCGGUCCGCGUGCUACGGCUGUGGCAACCUUCAACGGCGGCGGUAGCGUCUGCGGCGUCCUUUAGCAAUCAAGUUUCGCGCGCUCCAGCGAACCCGCGUGUGUGUGCGUGUGGGUUGUCUGCUGACGCCCUGUUUGCGAAGCCGUCUGCUUAUCGUGCCGUCUCCCGUUGGCUCGGAAGGCAGAAGCCGUCAUCGAUGCCUUUUGCUUCCUGGCGAUCCCGGCCACCAGCUGCGGGGGAAAAGAAAACGUCGGUGAUGUUUUCGGCUUGGAUGCUUCACUGUGUGCAAGUGUGUGCGUGCGUGUAAGUCGUGACCGCCUCUAGUGGGCUGUUAUGAACGAUCCUACGCGGUGGCCCGCGUCGUCUGCUAGGAUCGGUGCGAUGGGUGAACGCGCUGCCCUCCGUUGUCAACGCUCGGCCGUGUGAGAUCGUCUGCUAAACGUCCGUGAUCGCGUGACCAGUGGUGCUUAGACACGAGCACGCGGUGCAGCUGGCUUCUACCACCAGUGCGCACCCUUUUAGUGACGUGAGUACGCCGUGACAGAAGCAGUCGCGCGUUGUGCGGACACCCAGCGACGGUCGCGAAAAGUGCGACAGCGGGAAGUGUUGUCGAUUGUGUGGUGAAUUAUGUAUCGUCUUCUAUAACCCGCUCCGGUGGAUUGAAAUAAUGGACACUUCUGUUAGCUGAAGUGACUAUGCCAUAACAGUGCGUUUUUUAUUCGACCGUGCAACUCGUUUCUGAAACAAAACGAAUACGACAAAUCUUGCUUCUGCGUGAUUGCUUUCGAGGCCCGAUUCGGUAUUGCUGCUGGCAGCUGUCCGAGUGAGGCUAUUCACGAAACACCCGUAUAACUGCCGAACCGGUGCAUUAUUCUGCUAUCGGAGACGUUAGCAACCUUACGUCUGGAUCCUUUUCUAUGUUCUAAAAGGCUCUCCUGUGGCCUUUUCUGACGACUGAUAUAACGACUGAGACACCCAGUCGGUGGUCUCUGCCCUACAAGCAAAUAAGACACGCUAGUCACGUGAACACUUCUUGCGCGACAGAACGUCAACGAAACGCCAGCCCAUCGCCUGGGACAGGACAGCGACUCGCUUGCUGUCUUUGAGACAAGGCAAGGACAAGGGAAAAAGAAAAGCUUGCGAGGCAUCGCGGUCGCAUCUGAAGUCUCUUAGUGAUUGAUGACGGUUGUCCCUCGCCGCCGCUGUGGAAGCCCUUGGACGACUUCCGUCGCGUGGCAUCUCAAGUGACAGGAACCUCGCUCUCCGGCCAGUAAGCGUGACGUUGGCAAACGAGCCGGCCCUGCAUGAACCCAAAUUGCCUGUCCCAUGAGCCGGCUCUUUUUUACCGCGUAGCACGUCCGACAACACACCGGAAAUGCGGCCUGCUUCGACCGCGAUCGUCUGCUGUUCCAAGCAACGUUGCGUCGACUGCUCGCGAAGCGCUCACCAAUACAAGCCUGAGUGAGAUAAGCGUCGUUGCUGUGUGUCGUCUGGAACCUCGUUCGAACUGUUGCUUGGAUCUGUUGUGCUGCCGUUCGGAUUCGGCGUUGCGAAGCGCUUGUCGACGACAAAACGGCGAGCAGUAACAGAAGCUUUCUUCAACCCUUCGAAGCGUUCCGUCUGCGCAACCGGGGAUCAUUUUCGAUACGGAGCUUCGAAGUAACGCGCCUAAUGAUCUGCGUUCACAACGGACGUUCGUUUCCAAAUUAUUCUCGUUACUAGUCCAAAAACUUUACUGUGCUGCCACAUUUGGAAACAGGAGCGACAAAAUCGACAGCACCACGUGCUGAAGCCGUCUGUCAGCACAGAAUACCGAACGUCUGCUACGUGAGCGACAGACAGAUGGACGACGUUUUCCGUCAGCGCAAGCGAAACUGACUGCUUCGAGAGAGCGCGUCACGUGUUGGAUUGUGUGCGGUGUCGCGGCGACAAAAUUGUGUCACACGAUGAGGAGCCGCUACGGCGACUGCUACGGGCAUCCGACCAUGUGUGGGAGGCAGCAGAGUUCCGCGCGCUACCUUUGGAUACUGCUACUUCUGCUCACACUUCUGGCGCGUGGCGCGGAAUCGGGCCGUCUGCACCGGUUACGUCGAGGCCAGCAGACGACGACGACGGCCGAGCAAAAAGUGCUGGACCUGGCUCGCCACUGGAGGCGUUCGGUGCAGCAGCCCCAGUCUCCGGCUUCAGCGCAGGCUGUGCUCAUCAAGCCCUCGCCCUUCGACAUUUCGUCCGAGGCGGCGGACGUCAACGAGGUGGAGACGACCUCUGUGCCAUCGCUGCCGCCGAGGAGUCCAGACACAUCUACCGCCAGCGAGGCCACCAAGCCCACAAAGAAAGCGAAUCACGGUGGCGCCGCGACGCGGCUGCACGUGCGACGCCCGCUGGUGAACAUGACCAAGGACUCCGGCGACAGCGUGCGCCUCAAGUGCGAGGUGGCCGGCGGCCGUCCCGGAGCGCGGGUCGUGUUUCACUGGUACAAGAACGACGCGCCCGUCGAGGAGGAGCGGAACCGGCUCGAGAUACGACAGUACCCCGUGGCGCCGUCGUCGUCUGCCGCGGGCCAGGCCGCUUCCUCCUCCGGCGACGUCACUUCCGGCGGAAGUGGCGGCGGUUCCGGCACGAGCGCCGCCGGAUCCGGUCAGCAGGCCUACGGCUCGAGGCUGCGGAUCAUGAACGCCGACGUCCACGACACCGGCUACUACCGGUGCGAGGCCAGGAGCGGCGCGGAGGUUGUCGAGACCACGGGCAUCCUCCGGGUGUCGGCGGGUCCCAUCCACCAUGCGCCGGCGCAGAUACCGCAGUUUCCGCCAGUGUUUCCCCAUUUCCCAGGAUUGGGAGGAAGCCCAGUGGCGAGUCCUGGCAAUGAGCUGCCCAUCGUGGGGCCGCCUCUGGUCACGUCUUCCAGUUCCGGCAGCUGCCAGAUCUACCAAGGGGUGACGUGCGGCCAGUACCUGGGCAACCGCAGCGUCUUCGUCCGACCGCCACCGGCCACGCUAGCCGCCAUGGAGGAGAAGCUGGCUGCCGCAUUCACCGUCAUCGCCACCUCGCAGGACGUAUCGGCCACGUGCCACAAGUACGCCAUCCCAUCUCUGUGCUUCUUCGUGUUCCCGCCGUGCGAACCGGCACCGGGUGGGCUGCCCGACCGUCCGCCCGAGCCCCGGUCGGUGUGCCGCGACGAGUGCGAGCUCCUCGAGCAGAGCCUGUGCCGCAUGGAGUACUCGAUCGCCAAGCGGCACCCGCUCAUCGGCCAGCAGAACAUCCUGCCCGUGUGCGAGGACCUGCCGCCCAUCGGGUCGCCCGAGGCCCAGUCCUGCCUGCGCCUGGGAGUGCCCCAUCGCGAGACCGAUGACGUUAACAAAGAGGAAGGCUGCUACGUGCACGGCGGCGAAGACUACCGCGGCGUGGUGGCCGAGACGGUGUCAGGGCUGCCAUGCCAGCCAUGGACGCACCAGAUCCUGUUCUCGCGCAUCGCCGAGUACCCGGAGAUAGUCGGCGGCCACAACUAUUGCCGCAACCCGGGUGGCAUGGAGAGCCAGCCCUGGUGCUUCACCUCGGGCGCCGUCGUCAAAAAGGAGAUCUGCAACAUCCCCAAGUGCGUGGACUACCUGUGGCUGUACAUCCUGCUGCCCAGCAUCGCCACCCUGGCCCUGAUUGGCCUCCUGCUGGGCAUAGCAUGCUUCCGGCGCCGUGCAAAGCCGUCACCGCCACCUUCAGCUAAGAGCUUUGCAGGAAAAGCUGCCCUUCGAGGGCCUGCCCAACAAAACCUCGAGCUGGGGCGACUAUUGCCUCGGCCAACAAGGGCUCCUGAAGUGCCAGCUGCACGAAUCCGUUUCCACGAGGAGCUGGGUGAAGGAGCAUUUGGCAAGGUGUACAGAGGAGAGAUGCUACCCGCCAAGCGUGACUGCAGUGCUCCCGUGCCUGUGGCCAUAAAGACGUUGAAGGAAAAUGCGGCCAUGAAGACGCAGCAGGACUUCCAGCGGGAAGCCGAGCUGAUGAGCGACCUGCAGCACCGCAACAUUGUCUGCCUGCUGGGUGUGUGCACCAAGGAGGAGCCCCUGUGCAUGCUCUUUGAGUACAUGCCUCACGGAGACCUGCACGAGUUCCUGGUGGCGCACUCGCCACGCUGCGAGGGCGCCGCCCAGGUGCUCGACCUGGCCGACUUCCUCCACAUCUCCAGACAGGUUGCCGCCGGCAUGGAGUACCUGUCGGCACACCACUACGUGCAUCGCGACUUGGCAGCACGCAACUGCCUCGUCGGCGAGGCGCUCACAGUCAAGAUCUCCGACUUCGGCCUGUCGCGCGACGUCUACUCGUCCGACUAUUACCGCGUCCAGUCCAAGUCACUGCUGCCGGUGCGCUGGAUGCCACCAGAGUCGAUUCUGUACGGCCGCUUCACCACCGAGAGCGACGUGUGGUCCUUCGGCGUCGUGCUCUGGGAGGUGUUCAGCUACGGCCUCCAGCCGUACUACGGCUACGCCAACCAGGAGGUCAUCGACCUGGUGCGUGCGCGCCAGCUGCUGCCCUGCCCCGAGGACUGCCCGCCGCACCUGUACGCACUCAUGGUCGAGUGCUGGCACGAGGUGCCCAGCCGGCGGCCGCAGUUCCGCGAGCUGCACGCACGCCUCUGCUCGUGGCAGGCUCUGCACGCACGCAGCGCCAGCCUCAGCACCCACGGCAGCAACCACACGGGCUCCACGUCGGUCAGCCACAAGGGCGGCGGCAGCCCGCUCCUGGGCGGACCACCCGGAGGCACCAUGAUGGUGGACCGGCCCGUAACGCCGCUCGGAGGAGGAGGGAUGAACCGGGGCCCGCCCUGCCCGCUCCAGAACCCACCGCCCCCGCCGCCGCUGUCGCACUUCGGGCCGCCGUACAAUGCGCUCGACACGAGGGUCUCCAAGGUCUGACAGAUCCCCCGCAGCUGCUACUUUGUGUGAGCUGCGUAGAUCUGUCUCUCGCUCCCAGAGGGCAUUGCUGAUAAUGUCUUGCCUCAGGGAUGUUGCAGCGAAGUUUCAGCGCUGCGUCACCCACCAACGGGCUCGCUGCAUCGAAACGGACUCGAGGAAUCCACCACGGCCAAAGCCGCGAGAGUUGGUGCUCAUGCGUGGCUGCUACUUCUUGUGAGCUUAACGAACCCUUUCCCAGUUGGGUGCCUGUUGUGUGCAACCUCACGACGGCAGAGUGCCGAGUAAAACUUUGUCACUCGAAACCUCGACAACUUGAGAAAACAGCAAUGGUAGUCGUGAGAACUGCUCGUGCCCGGCAGCCGAGUCAAGUGCCGGUCCCUUGAACAAACGGCUGCAGAAGGUUUCCUUGGGACGUCGCCGACAACAGAGCGAAUCGCGACUGUCUCGGCGGCGGCAGUGUGGCGCGGCCUUGUGCCUUGUGUGCCGCAUUGAGUGCUUUGACAACUGGUGAACCACCGAUGAACUAACCUUAGCAACGGAUGCAGCACCCCGAGCUUCAGCAACGACGCCUCGGAGAGCACAUGAACAUGGCCAAAGUCAGCUGACACUGCCACAGCAAAAGACGAUUUGCGCGGAGCGUGCGUAUGCUCUUAAAACAGCGAAAAAGUAUGCUACACGAGAUAGAACAAAGAAUAACAGAAAUGCUUCUCUACCAUUUAUAAAUUGCACACAGUACCGUGGAUAUCAUGAAACGUGUCAGAAGAAUACUCAUCUAAAUGAAACACACUUUUGUGUUCAUUUGUCUUAGCAUGGGUAACAUAUUUUCCUUCAAACGAAUCCUUCAAGUUUUUUUUUUUUACUGCUGCAGAUCGAUGAUGACGCACGUAUGUAUAUCUGCAAUAAGAGACGUGUUCCUAAGCUUGUUUUGAUAAGGCAGCAAAUAUUUUGCAUCACUGUCACAGUUAUUUCCUUUCUGGCAUUCAACACAUCCACUUCAGUUUGCCUUGAAUGUGUUGCCGGUGUUCUUGGAGCAAUCAGUGUGCCAGUAUUAAUAGAAACAGCUGGGUGCUAUUUACAGUCAGUACUAAUGCCACAUUUCCAAGCAUUAAUAGAUGUGCAAAAGAUGCCGUCUCACGCUGUCUUGUUUGCCAGAUUCUGCAGUGCUAACAUUGUCCGACAUACAGCACAACAUAGUAAGAGUCAAAGGCAAACUGCAACAAAAUUUAACUCUGGCUGAACUGGCAAAAAAUGUGCGUAUAUAUAUAUAUAUUACUUAAGCAAUCUCAGCAAUGUUGCAGGGCUGGUACAUUUCUGUCUAAUUUUUCUCAUUAGCAGCCCUUAAAUAGCAGCCAAGCAGAUGAUGCUUUCACCCGGUGGUUAGCGGAUGUGGUGUAAGUCCCGGCACAUUGCCUCAGGGAUGCUUUACCGCACCAUGGGCAGCCAAGGGCGGCACCCAAUCUCAGAGGUCAUGCCAAGAAGCUGCAUGUUCGUGCGUAACUUUCAGCAAGCAGUAAUGGUGUAGCUUUUUUUCUGUUUCGGUAUCAAAAACAUCAACUAUAGUGAGCUUUCAAAAAGCAUCAACUUGUACUUCAAACGUAACAUCUUGCAUGGAAGCUGCUCUGUAUCGACAGACUAAUUUGAAGCUAGGCUUUUUUUACGCAGCCCGCAAUUUUGUUACAGUUGACCUCUUAAAGGGAGCCAUCUCAUCUAAGACAUUAGGUGUACUGUUUCCACGAGGAUACUCACUUACAUCAUGGCAUGUGAUGGCUUUCACAGUUUUUCUUAUUUGGCAUAGCUUAAAAAGAAAAGUCCGUUAACCUAAGCCUACAUGCAAAUUACUAAGCCUACAUGCAAAUUGAAAUGAUCACACUUUUUACUCUUUGGGAACCCAGCUCCCAAGAAACUUCCAGUUGUGCCCAUGAUAAAUGCAUCCACUAAAUUUUGCAGGUGCUAAAGGUUCUGUGCCAUAUGUCACUACAAUGUUGACCAUAUUUAUGAAAAUCCAUUUCAUUCUUUGUUCUUGUUAAAAGUAGCGUGAAAAAAUAAAUUGCAAGAAACGAACUAAAUACCACUCACUUGGCCUGAUUUAUAUUCAGUGGCAUGAGCUAAAUGGGAAGAAUAUGUGAACAGUACAUGCACAAAUUGAUUGGCUAUCAUAUCAGCAGCUGUCGAAAGUGAAUGUCAAGGAAAACUAUCUUUACACGUUCAUAGACAGAUUGUCAAUACGAGCGCUCCGGCUUUUUUAUGUAUGUAUGGAUCCUACCUUCACCAAAAAUCUUAAUCUAGCAAAGUGGGUGCUUACAGCUGCUACGUUCUUGUUUCAUUAUUUUUUCUUACUGCCUUCAAUCAUUGGACUUAGAGGCCACUUGGUACGAGAGAGAAGUAUUAGACAAUAAAAAAUGAAAUGGAUUGAUGCCACCAACUUCUGGCUAUGUAUAUCUUAACAGAAGCCAGUUACGAUAGAGAGAGGCAUAUACAUGGGAAGGCCUGGAGAGCUAAAUUCUGCGCCGUGACAAAACUCUGCAUUGCACAGAUUCUCCAAUGGAAGGCAAAAUUUAUUUACACCCGCAACCAUACUCUGUAUUGUGCUGUACUUUAAGCUCAUUGAGAAGAGUUAAGCUAAAGCCUUACCUGUCACAUUUCAGUCACCGUCGCGGCAUCAGCAAAACUUACAUUUAAUCUCACAUUUGAACACCACCACAUUUACUGAUCCACUCAGAGGUGUAGGUGUUCCUCAAUCGCGACUCAAUGUUUGUGAGCAGGGCCACUUGCAUACUCACAUUUCAGUACGAGCCUGAAUGCACCUCAAGAACGCCAGUCAUCGCUGCAAGAACCGCGACAUGCCAUUUACAUAACUUUACACAAAUUGAUUCUACAGUGACUUUUUACUGCCUUUUCUUUACACAUAGUUUACAAAGCGUGUUUACAGCCCGUUUGUAGACAAAUAUGUUAUUGCCAGACUCUCUUUUGUUACGUGAGAACCACCAUGUUUGUGUUUUUACCCAUUUGAUGUUGUGCUGUGACUUUGUAUUGCCAGAACUUGCGUGACGUGGUUCAAGGAGCAAUAAGAACACUCAGAUCACACCAAGGGCACACCACAAAGCUGUUCUGUCAUUCAUAGCAGCCUUAAUAGAAAAGAAUGCGGUGCUCCUUCUGACACACUCUUCUGUCACAUUAUUAUAUUCUUUUUAUUGUGCCAUGUGUUAUUCUACAGAAAAACAUGUUUUGUGCAACUAGUCCCUUAGUAGUAAACACUACGUGUAAAAAAAAAAGUUUAGGUGCUUAUCUUAGGAGAAGCUGUGAAAUGACUUCAGACAUUGUUACGAAACUAUGUUAGCAGUAUCCCAUGUCUUUACAUUCAUAAGCCUGCACCAGCAGUAACACAACCCUCGAAAAAGAAAAGUGAAGAAAUAUAAUGUACCCACAUCCAGAUAUAUAUGAUUCUCAAAUCUAUAAACUCAAGGCGGCACAAAGUGAAGACCCAGAAGCAAGGUUUUGAUUUGAAUGUUCUGUCACAGCAGGCGCUUUUGGUUGUGGCUUCACAGCAGUGCAGAUAGCACCACCAUGAACAAAACGAAAGGAUUCAAAUUCGUUUACAAGUAGCACUGUACUUUGCGCUUAUGUAGUUUGAUUUCUUAGAGUGGGCCUUAGGAGAAAACGAUUGAAGACAGGAACAGGCACGCUGAUUAACCUUUCAUAAGUGUUACACCCAUAAGUAAGUUGUAGACACUAAAGGGCAAAGAAUGCUUAGCUCCUUGCCAACUUCUUCAUGGUGCUUGUCUUUGUCAGGAUCACUCAAGCGUCAUCCGAUGAUAAAUUGUCGCGAAAAACUGCACCGCCCCCCGCUGCUCAGAGUGCAGAUAGCGUUAAAUAGCAUGUUGACUAUUAUUUGUGAAACAUGCGUGCACUUUAACCUAGUAUACAACACAAUGUUCGAAGGGUACCACCAUGCACUUCAAUGACUGUUUCGUUACAAUGUUCUGAAGUCUCUUCAAGGCCACAUUAUCUCUGCUUUUGAUAAAAACUUUUAUGAGUUGAUAAUAGUAUAUACUUAAGGUCUACACAGUAUACAAGAAGUGUCCUGUCAGGACACAGCAAGGACAUUAGAUGCGACAACCUCUUGCAUAGCGGCACUGUCCGGCCAACGUUAAGGCCAGGCCUGUGAUGUCUCCUUGCACACGCUCUUGAUGUGAGAACAAAAGAGAUACGAACAACGAAGCAAGUCUCUGAAUACCAGUAGUAUAAGCAAUUUUGAAAAAGGAGUGCCAUCUCCACUGGUGGUUAUAGAAUAGAUUUUUCAAACAAUCUGUGAAUACUUCACCAUGUAACUUGACUUUUACUUAAUGUGAAAAACCUUCAUUUCAAAAACAGAACUCCUAUAAAAGAAAAAAAAAAAAUAUGGAGAAGGCUUGCACACUGCAAUAUGUUUUAGCUUUCUGUGGGCACAUGAAUAUUUCAAAUUUUCAGAAACAACACAGGAGUUCAUUGGAGCGUGUAUCUACGCAAUGGUAUCAGCGAUGCUUUUGAUGUUGUUUGCUGGAAAUGUUAAGCCCCAUUUGUUGCUACCCAUCUUCGCACAGCCAAAAUACAUGGACACACACAUGUGGAGUGUCUUGGUAUAUUAUGUAUGAGCACAAGGAAAACAUAUCACAGUGCUACUAGCAACACAUUAUGCAUCUAGAAGUACUUGUGGAAUGCAGCUACUAUGGCUGGGAGGUUCGCUUGACAGUGCAGUCGAAUGCUCUUAUAACCAAGAUGCACCCAGUCUGAAAGUAUCUCUGUUACAUCUGAUAUUUAUUAUAAGCAUCUACACCUGUCAAACUCUAGUGUCGGUCAGACAAAAUUUAAAUUUACUUUGUUAUAUUGGAUGAUUAAUUUUCUCCAUGUUUGCUAUAUCCAGGUUCAACUCUGUCAGGGCAAGCGUGCUUGUGAGUAUCUUUGAAGAGCAACGGAGUUUCAUAGACUUCACCAGUCCAAACUUGAACAGAAAAAUUAGAAUGUCCUUAGUCAGAUAUGUAGUCAACAGACUAUAUUACAAAUUAAUGCUUCCUGCAGGACUUUACGGUGAACAUUACUUUCAUGAGGUGGUGCACAAAAAACUCAAAUUAGUGAAAUGUACAAAGCUUAAGCAAUAAAAUGAGCAACAGUGGCAUUGGAAAGACAACUCGUCUGCAAAAGUUAACAGAUGAUGGGAUCCAUGAAAGGGCCGGUUAUCUCUACAGCCUCAGAAUGCAGCCACGUAUGUGGAGUUCCAGCCUGUACUACUGUAUAUGAACAAACUAGUCCUAGACAGCUUUACUGGCUAUGGUCAUAAACUGCUCAGAAAUUCAUUAGCACUUUUCCAGAUGCUAUGGUCUAUAAACUUAUGCACUUGGCAGUACCAUUGGUACAAGUCAAGUCAUUGGUACCAUUGGUACAAGUAAGCAAGUCAGUAACAACUUAAAGAUUACAGUAAAGGUUACGGUUGCAUAAGCUGCAGUUACCGGGAAGCAUGAGAAGCAGCCAGGGACACUUUAGCGCUAUCCCGCUGUACUCUUAAAGGCGAAGCUUAAGCGUUGCCCAAUUUUUCAAGUAGCAAUGUGUGUGGGUUCGCAAAGAACAGAACGCACUACUUAUAACAUAAAUAUCGAUGUCACCUACGUGUGUAUAUAUCUAAGGAAGGGAAGGGACCACCACAAUCAGUUUAGUGUAUGUGCAGCAGAUUGUGUACGCAAUGAUUCAAAUAGCAGGCUAGAUGUUAUAUCAAAUUGUAGAAUUUAACGUUCCAGAAUAAUGUCAACCAGCUGGGGUUAUUUAACCCCUUCUGUGCCACAUUGUUAUCCCAAAUUCUGACCAAAAAUGUCCAAACUAUAUUGAAAGACCCCGGGUACCAACUAAGUUAUGCCUCCUCGGAAAGAAUAAUUUCGCUUCUGCUUCCGCUAUCAAAUUGACCGUGUGCUGCCACCUACAUAGAGUACGAGUAAGCACUUGGAUAAAACAAAACUCGUACGUGGCAUUGCUAGAAAAUGUAAGAUGUGCAGCUGAUGAGCUGAGCUCGCCCUUGGCCGUUUUUACCAGAAGCGCAUGGACGAAACCAGCUCGUCCAAGCCACAGAAGGAGUUAAUAUGCCCCUAAAUAUAAGUACAUAAGUAUUUUUGCAUUUCAUCUCCACUGGAACGCAACUGCAGCCGGGAAUCAAACCUACGACUUUGUGCUCCGCGUAAGAACACCAUGCUCACUGCCAGGUUAGACAGAGUUUAACCCCUUAAGUGUUUUAUUAUUUUGACCAAAAGUGACCUUAUUUUGCAUUUUUAUUAUGAAUCACUUAUUUUCAAACUUCAAUCAAUCGAAAACCCUUCUAAAGCUACAUACACCAAUUUGCUCAAUGUUUUAAAUGUGAAAAUGUUGCACCGCUGCCGGGCUAAGUAAAUGUUGUCUUCGCUUUCCAGAUCAUCGCUUUAGGUAGAAGCGAUGAGAAGGCUAUUAUCAUCCUCUUAGCUCGAAGAACAAAACUCUAUUGCAUCGCUUUCAAUUACACUUUCAUUGUCAGCCAAGCAGCGGCUUUCAUUUGCAUGCCCGACUCAAGUGCGAGCUGUCAGUGGAAGACGCCAUCAUUCCAACUCUACCAAAAGGUGCAAGAAAACAAACAAUGUGCUGCCAUCUAGGUAGUAGAAAAAAAAAAAAACGAAAUAAAUUUGCCCCUCAAGCCCUCACGAAAUGGCUGCCAUGUAUGUUGCAGAACAAUAAGGCAAUAUCAACACAGUCUAUGUACUAUAAGAAAAGCGAAAUGGAGGUACGAAGUUAACCUAAGUCGCUUUGAAACUAGGAUUAUUGCCGUUGACAAACUGAGCUCAUCAAAACCAAUUGAGGAGCUAAUUUAUUCUCUUUAGCAACAACAAGUUCUGAAGUCUAUUCAACGAUGUGACCUGCCUUUUUGAUUUUGCCAGGAUGUUCUGCUGGGAAACGUGACAAUUUCCCACAUCAUCUUGUCCUCGUCAGUCUGCUGUUGUCAUUGCAUGUAUUGAUUUGUGUGUUUGCAGAAUGUAACGAUAACGGUACCCCCAGGCCUAGAAACGCGUGCCAUGGAGAGUAAGACAAUGUCUACAUGGCAAUUCAAGCAGCAAUGGCAACUGCAUUCCACAAGGACUUGCUGCAGUAGUUAGGUGACAGACAUCACUACACUCACUCACACCACAGCAGAGGCUAAUGUAAUAAUGUGUGCAAAAACAAAUGUGUGCAUUUGUGUGUGCAUGCAUGUGUGCGUAAAUGCAUUUGCUACUUUCAAGGUGACGUCGACAGCCGCUGGCUCACGCCCCCUUCAUCUCAACCCCCGAACCUGCCAUUUGCCCCCCAACCCCAUGACCCUUUUGCACUUCCAGAAAGGUGCUCUCCUGCGAUGCUCUUGCAGCGCGUGUGUCGAACUGUUUGUUCACAUUUGUACAAAAGAAACAAAGAAAAAAAAACAAUUUGCCCGUCAGUGUCUGUGACUGGAUGUGUUACUCUUUUUAUACGUAAAGAUUAAUAAAGUUAAGUUAUGGUGA